AUGCGUACCUCACCGAACAUCAUCAUCACUGGAACCCCCGGCGUGGGAAAGACAACUCACUGCGAGCAGCUUGCAUCCAGCACUGGUCUUACCCAUCUCAACGUCAACAAGGUCGUAAAAGAGCGCGACUGCGAGGAUGGCUUUGAUGAUGAGCUUAACAGUGUCAUUGUCGAUGAGGACAAGGCUGGUGGUCAAAUCAUUGACUGGCAUGCUUGCGACAUGUUCCCUCAAUCUCUGAUUGACCUUGUUGUUGUCAUUCGCUGCAACAGCACUAUCCUUUACGAUCGCUUGAAGGGCCGUGGCUACAGUGACAAGAAGCUCGACGAAAAUAUGGACGCCGAAAUCAUGGAGGUGCUCUUACAGGAAGCUCGCGAUUCCUAUGAUGAAGAAAUUGUCGUCGAGUUGCAGAGCGACGAUCUCGACCAGAUCGACGAGAAUCUUGAGCGCAUUCAGACAUGGAUCCAGAACUGGAAGAAGGACCACUCUGAGGCUUAA